UCUGUCUUUUCCUCCUUCCACUGCCCGGCUUUCUUCCCCUCCCCCACAUUGCCGACUAAGUUCUCGCGUUUCGGACGGAGUCGCCUUGUUGUUGCCGCGGAGAUUUCUGCUGCUGCUGCUGCUGCCACUGUCGCCGCCGCCACCACUGGGCUCAUUUGCCCCGACCCCUUCCUGCCGCCUUGCCCCCAGCCCCACACAAGAUGUCAGAGGAUCUAGCAAAGCAGCUGGCAAGCUACAAAGCUCAACUCCAGCAAGUUGAAGCUGCAUUGUCUGGAAAUGGAGAAAAUGAAGAUUUGCUAAAAUUAAAGAAAGAUUUACAAGAAGUUAUAGAACUAACCAAAGACCUUCUGUCAACUCAGCCUUCAGAAACUCUUGCAAGUUCAGACAGUUUUGCUUCUACUCAGCCCACUCAUUCUUAUAGGCGGAGUACUAAACCUUUACUCACCUGCUUACAGUCAUGAUAUCUUUACAGGUGUUAUGAAGCGGAGAUCGAGGAGAUAGAUGAAGAAAAUGGCACUGCUGCAAUCACCUUUGCUGGCUACGGCAAUGCUGAAGUGACCCCACUGUUGAACCUCAAGCCUGUAGAAGAAGGAAGGAAGGCAAAGGAGGACAGUGGCAACAAACCCAUGUCAAAAAAAGAAAUGAUUGCCCAACAGCGUGAAUAUAAAAAGAAGAAAGCUUUGAAAAAAGCCCAGAGAAUAAAAGAACUUGAGCAGGAAAGAGAGGACCAGAAGGUUAAAUGGCAACAGUUCAACAACAGAGCCUAUUCUAAAAACAAAAAAGGCCAGGUAAAAAGGAGUAUUUUUGCUUCACCUGAGAGUGUAACCGGAAAAGUUGGAGUAGGAACUUGUGGAAUUGCUGAUAAACCUAUGACACAGUAUCAAGAUACCUCUAAAUACAAUGUCAGGCAUUUGAUGCCUCAAUAAUCAGAAAAACUGUUGUAUUUCAUCUCUGCAGGGCUUUACAUUUACCUUUUUAUCCUUAUAUUUUUCUAAAGGUAAAUUAUUUGUUAGAUGAGUAAGGAAGAUACCAUUGUCGUCCUUGUUUGACUUCAAUAGAAUGAAACUUGAAGAAAUUGCAUUUGAUAACUGCUAUUCAUUUAACUUUUUGUUACUACUACCACAGAUUUCCUCAGUUUGUUGAAUAAAGCAACUUUUCUAGAUAGAUGCUGCAUAAAUACAGCACUAGAUGAAUUGUUGAUCUUCCUAAUAUCAGGCCCUUACUUAAUGGAUGGUGUGUACUUUUUGUAAAGUCCUAACUUGGAAUUUUCAGAUGCUUUGAACUUGCCACAUAUUGUAGCAAUUCACUGGAACAUCAAGGCAAAAUACCAACCUGCUAAAGAGAUCUUUUUUUUUUUCUUCAACUUAAACCCAUAGCUGUUGCUAAUUAAGCCUAAAAAUAGGUUAAUUUGAUUAAUGUAAAAUGACAAACUUUGUUUUGAGGGUUUUCCUUCAAUAAUUUGUUUCUUAAGCCUUUUAGGCUAUCUCUAAAAUUGAUCCAGCUCUUAAAAUUUUUUCAUUGAGUUUUAAUUGUGUAUAAGAACCAUGUUUAGGACCAGCUUCCUUUUCUAAGGGUUUUUUUCUGUUGUGUUGUUCCUUUUUUUUUUUUUUUUAACAUUUGCUCUUUUCCUGUGUUGAUUUUUCCCUUAUGGUAGUGGUACCAUUUUUGGAUGUGUAAUGUUUAUAUAAGAAAACAAAAAGCUGAUGUAUAGCCCUGUAUACAGUGUAGAUACUAUUUUUGUAAAAAAACAAAAAAAUCCCCAAGGCUAAAUUAAUGAACAAGAGUACUGAAUGUUUCAUCAUUAAAAAUUUAUUGUAUUUCUUGUGCAUUAAUCUGACCAUAAUUUCCCUGUAUAUUAUGUUCAUGUAGCUGAGUUUGUAAUUUUUGUUAACUAGAUCAAGUUGUCAGCAUUUGUUGGUAUAAGUGAACAUCACAGUUAUCCUGAGUUGAGUUUAAGCCAAAUAUAUGCAUAGUAAAGUGUCUUCCUAUUAAUGGAAGAUGGUGAUUUUUAGGGUAUGUGUUAAUUUCAGUUUUUGUAUGUUUAACUUUUAUUAAAUAAAGUGUUUUUAAAAUCUCCAGGGUGUGUUACCAGAAGGGUGGUGAAGUCCUAGCUGGCAGCACUGAUAGAGUGAUUAAGCUUCAGUCUUCUUGCUUGCAUUCAUCAUUUCCACAGAAGAGAAUAUUGAGUAUGUGAUAAAGGUUUCAAUAAAUUCUUAUGUACUUCUUCCAUUAGACAUAAGAAAUUGGAUCCUAAAGGACAGACUGUUUUUAUCUUAAGGGCUUGUGCUGUGUAUAGAGGUGUUUGUACAUUUUUGGUAAAAGGAGAAAAUAAAAAUUUUAAUGACUUAAA